AUGGCAACCAGCACCCCACCCGUGAACGUCUACAACAUACACCCUGACCUAACUGCAAUAAAAAAUGCUCUACCAACGUAUCCCAUAGAUGGAGUUAGCGAAGAAGUGCAAAGAGCCCUAGAAAGGAGGAUGCGAGAGCCAAGCAGACCGCCUCCCGUACCAAGGAGGCAAGAACCUAUCGAACAACCGAGGAGAAAUCCAGCCAGAACUACACGAACAACUGACAAACCAUGGUUGAGGGAUGCACCAAGGAGAGGUAAAGAAAAACAAGCUGCAAGGGGUAAUUUCACGUCACAAAGAAGUGAGCCCAGGGCACUCAAUGAAGGAACUCGCCCAACAUCAAGCAGACAACAACCACCAGUUGGAAGAGAGACGACUCCUAGCAAUUCUGAAGAGGCCUUGCAGAUUGCAGAGCGAGAAGGUUCGUCAUAUGAUUUCUUGGCUAAUGCUAACAUAUUUGCACCCUUGGGACUGUACACAACACCUACUAACGGGCAAUCAUUGGCUGUUUGUUAUUUGUGUAAAGCACCGGGCCACCUCUCAAAAAACUGUGUGGUUAAAGCAAUAUUAUGGCUAAGUGAUAAAGUUUUAGCUAAAAAUGACGGGGGACAAUGGGGAAUUAAAGAAAGGGCACGGCCAUUGCCUGAUCAUACCAGUACCAACACACUGGACACAACCCCAAGUCCAACAAGGCCUGGACGUGGCGGGAAACGGUAUAGGGAGCUGGCGGGACUCUCAGCAAAUGCGACAUUAAGUCAGCUCCCGGAAAUGAAGACUUAUAAAAACAUUAUGAAAACUUUAAAUAAUUUUAAUUUACCUUUGUUUACAUUAUUCGGAGAAUUUGAUCAAGAAAGCAGUAAUUUCUCGGAUAUUUUUGGUGAUAAAUUGAUGUACCUAGUUGACCAAAAUACGGGAGCGGCCUAUUUGGCUGAUACAGGUUCAAUUCCAAACCUAAUGACUAUAGAAACAGCAAAAAGGGCUUAUCCGCAAAGUUGGGCGACCAGAAAAAACCUGAAUAUGAAACUAAGGGGCAUUGGGGGAACGUCUGAAGUUGACUCUCUAAUAACGAUUAAUAUAGAAGGGACGCAAAUUCCAUUUGCAACAGGGAAAGGCGUACCACUAAACAUAGUUGGUUUUGCAUGGAUAGAAAGAGUAAUGGCCUUAAAAUCCGUUACGACAGAGCUGGAAAACCCGUCUUCACAUCUGAGCGAUCUAGUCAUGGCCGUAGAUUUAUCUGGGAGUGACGACCCCCAGGUGGACCUAUGGGAGCCACGGUACAAUGAAAUAUUAGGAAUCCCCAAUCUGAAUGGAUUCCCCCUGAGUGUAAGAAACCGGGGAAAGUAUUUCAAUUAUGACGUUAAAGGCCAAGGGUCAAACAAAUUGAACAGGGCCACUAUAAAUCGAGAAGGGGAAAGAGUUGGUGUCUCCGGGCAAACUCAAGAAGUCGACGCUUCAGAGCGGACUCAAGAAAACCCUAAGCUCGAGCCCAAGCAAAACGGGGGGUCUCAGGACCCAUGCCUGGGUAAUUUCAGCGAUUUAUCGACUGCAGCGAAAUCGCCUGUCAUAAGUGUACCGGAUGAAAGAAUGAAGUGGGUCAAUAAAACUCUAGUAGGCGACUAUGUGUUAAAGGAAGGAUCAGCCGAAGCAGUAAGAACGGAACUACGUCUGUUAAGUGCGGAAGCGGUAGCCUUAGCACGAGAAAGGUAUGUGUCGCCUGAUGAAAAUGAUAAAGAAAAUACAAUAAUCACCGAAGAAGAGUGGAAAGUGGUUUAUGAACCCUAUUCUAAAACACUGGGGGACUUAAGGGGCAACCUGAAGAAGCCCCAAGCCCUUAAGUAUCCGUGCAAAGUUGAAUUAAAAGACCCCAAUAUAAACCAUUUGUUUCAGGACCAUAUAAUUUAA